CUCUCUCACUCUGCCCACUUAUUUUGUUCCAUUUAGCUACUUGGAUUUGAAGAUCACAUUAUCAGCUAGCUUGUUUAUCAAAGAUGAAGGUUGAAAGAGAACGAAGAUACGCGCUUCUGCUUGCAGCAAAGGAUUCCGAGUACGUGAAGAAAGUGUAUGGUGGUUACUUCAAUGUGUUUGUUGCAGCUUUUGGGGAAGAAGGAGAGAGGUGGGACUUGUUCCGGGUAGUCGAUGGCGAGUUUCCGGAAACGAGUGAGCUUCAAGAUUAUGAUGGGUUUGUGGUCAGUGGAAGCCCUUAUGAUGCUUAUGGUAAUGACCACUGGAUUAUUAAACUCUGCUUUCUCUUGCAAACUCUGGAUGCCAUGGAGAAGAAAGUCCUCGGAAUUUGCUUCGGUCAUCAGGUGUUGUGCAGAGCACUAGGAGGAAAAGUUGGGAAAGCUUGUACUGGAUGGGAUAUUGGACUGAGGAAAGUGAACAUAGUGAACGACCUGAGUCCAUUUAGCUUCCUUGAUGACUUGGAUGAAAUCCCAGCUGCCCUUUCCAUCAUUGAGUGCCACCAGGAUGAGGUUUGGGAAGUUCCUUUGGGUGCUCAAGUUAUUGCCUUCUCGGACAAAACUGGGGUAGAGAUGUUCACCAUUGGAGGUCAUGUUCUGGGCAUUCAAGGCCAUCCAGAGUAUACUAAUGACAUCCUUUCCAAUCUCAUCGAUCGCCUUCUCAAUAACAACUCCAUUGAGCUAGGUUUUGCUGAAAACGCAAGAUUCGGACUGCAAAAGGCCGAGCCAGAUAGGAAGUGUUGGGAGAAAAUCUGCAGGAAUUUUCUCAAAGAUAGAAUCAUCAAGUUAAAUUUAUGAGAGACGAUUUGUUUUUAACUUGUUUACUAGCUCGUCUUAUUUUGGUUUGUUAUGUUUUUUUUUUUUGGUUUAUAAUUAGUAGCUCAAAAUUAACCAAUCUAGUGACGUGGUUAAUAUAUAUGACCAAAAUUUGUAAUAGUGAACAACAGUAAUAGAAGAGCAUGCGACAAUGAUGUUUCUCAA